GAUGGUGAAUUUUGUAGAGGAGACAAUCUUUUUUCCAAUCCAUUAAACAUUCAGCUUCUCAUAUACAUCGAUGAGUGUGAAGUUGUCAAUCCUCUCGGUUCUAAGGCAGGUCUCCAUAAGAUUUGUGUUGUCUACUGCACAAUACUGAACAUACCCCCAAAAUACCGUUCAACCUUGGCAAAUUGCUUCCUUGUUGCAAUGUUCAAUGCAAGAGAUGUGAAAACAUAUGGUUAUGAUGAUGUUAUGCUUCCCCUUGUAAAUGAUCUCAUAGAGUUAGAGACUGUAGGUGUUUACAUUAAUAGUGAUGUAUAUAGUGGAAUUGUCAAAGGUAGCAUUGCUCAACUUACUGGUGACAACCUUGGUGUCAAUGGUAUUUGUGGAUUUGUGGAAAGUUUUGUGGGCAACUAUUGUUGUAGGCACUGCAAGAUGCAUAGAAAUGACUUGCAGUAUUCGUUAGUUGAGCAACAAGACUUGCUUCGAACACGAGAUAAUUAUGAAGUAGAUGUGCUUCAGAAUGACCCUUCACAAACUGGUAUAAAAUCAUCAUGUCCUUUGAAUGAACUUCAUAAUUUCCAUGUAACAAAGAACUUCUCCCCAGACAUAAUGCAUGACCUUUUAGAAGGAGUUUGCAGUUUGGAAGUUCAUCUUGUUCUUGCUGCACUUAUAGAAGACAACUAUUUCACUCUUGAUUUAUUAAACAGCAGAAUUACUAGCUUUGAUUAUGGUUUAUGCGAUUUAAAAAAUAAACCUUCAGUGAUUUCUGCUUCAAAGCUGCGAAACCCAGAUAGCGCUGCUCAUCAAAAAGCUGCACAGAUGUGGUGCUUAAUUCGCCAUUUGCCUCUUCUGAUUGGGGAUAAAGUACCUGAAGAUAAUGAAUACUUUGAAUUGUUAUUGCUACUAUUAGACUGCAUGGAUAUCAUAUUUUCCUAUGAGGUAACUGUAGAUGAUACAUACUUUCUUAAGCAUGUUAUCAAAGAUCACCAUGAGCACUUUUUGAAGUUAUUCCCAAUGCGUCAUCUAAAGCCCAAGCACCACUUUAUGACCCAUUACCCUCGACAAAUACGCAUGCUUGGGCCCCUUAGACACUAUUGGGCUAUGCGGUUUGAAGCCAAGCAUAAUUUCUUUAAACGUCUUGGUCAUAUUGUGUGCAAUUUCAGGAACAUUCUAAAGACGCUCAGCUACAGACAACAGAUGUACUUCUGUUACAAUAUGAUUGGUGGAAAAAAUCUGGUUCAGAGAGACCAGGAAGUUGGACCAGGGUCAUCUAUUCUUCUGGCAAAUUUAGAAAAUGGUGAAAUUUUGGAGAAUUUGAUGGGUGUCCAAUUAAUGGAUGAUAUCUAUGUUGCAAAGUGGUGUGUUGUGCAUGGACAAAGGUAUCAAAAGAAUAUGGUUGUUAUUACUAGUAAAACAGACACCCUUGAGCCUGUGUUUCAGAGGAUUGUUUAUGUGGUUUGUAUGGAAAAUGGAAUUAAAUUGAUUACUGAGCCAUUUCAAAUUGUAAAGUUUGAUCGACACACCCAUUCCUAUGUAGUGCAGAAACCUGUAGAGGAAGGAAUAUAUAGCAUGACAUGUAUAGAAGAUCUGCUUGAUUUCGAGACAUAUCAUGCAGCUAAAUCAUAUGACCAGACACAAGAGCCAUAUCUUUUUAUUACUUUAAGACAUCGGAUCCACUAG